AUGGAGGUCGAGGAGCGAGAAAGCGUUCGGCUAGAGUAUACGGCUGGCCAGGCCGCGGCGGCCAAGAAGCGCAGACGGCAGGACCUCGUCAUCGACUUUCUGUGGAACAACCUGGGCUAUGUGCGACUGGUCUUGCUCGUUGUUGCCCUCGCGUGGAUUGCAGCGAUUCCGCACCCGCGGCUCUGGAAGGGCAUCUUCGUCGACGAGCAUGCGCUCAUCCCCGCUGGCCAGCGGAGCUACUACGACUGGGGCAACGUGCACAAGGCCGACAACUACCUCGCUCAACUCGAGGAGCUGCAGGCGCGCAACGCGAGCUGGGACGAGAGGAGGGAGUACCUCAUGCACGAACUUAGGGCUGCUGGCGCCGACGCGUACAACACCACGCAUUCCGUCUACGGACGGAUAGUCCCGCCGCGCGCUGAGGGUACUGAGGCUAUCCUCCUCACGGCGAACUGGGACAGCAGGGACGGGGGGCCCAACCUUCGCGGCGUCGCAAGUCUGCUCUCGCUCGUGGAUUUCUUCAGAGGGCAGAAUCACUGGGCGUUCGAGAUCAUCCCGGUUGUUGGCGACGGUUAUCUGUACGGACUCGAGGACUUCCUGAAGAACUACAAGCUGCGCGCAAACGUGUGGAACGCGCUGAACCUCGACUACCCCGGCCACUCGUUCGAGCGCCUCGGCUUCUUCUACGAGGGCGUGAACGGCCGUCUGCCGAAUCUCGACGUGCUCUCCACUGUCUCGACCGUUGCGCGAUGGAAGGGCGGCUGUCCCGUUACGCUGCACGAUGCCCCCGCAUACCCCGCGCGCAUCUACACGAAUGGCCUGAAGCACCUCUGGCGACACUUCAGCUACGCUGCUCUCGGCCGACCCUCUGCCGCUGGCGGCCUGCUCGCGCGGCACCGUAUCGACGCCCUCACACUCUACGGGCCGCCGGCAGAGGGCCCUCACGGCUUCCACACGCUCGGCAUGGUCGUCGAGUCCACCUUCAGGAGCUUCAACACGCUCCUCGAGCGCCUACACGCGAGCUUUUUCUUCUACCUCAUCCCGCACCCCGAGAACUUCAUUCCGGUCGGACACUACCUCCCCGCCGCCGUCCUGCUCGGGGCCAGCAUCACGCUCGGCGGGUUCGUCUGCCCCGCCCCGCUCGCGGGCACGUUCUGGGCCCUCGUGCCCAUCGCUCUUGGCGUUAUUGGCUGGAUAGUCCAGACGCCCUACGUCGCGCUUGCUGCGCCCCUGCUCCCGCGUCCGAGAGGAGCGGCCAGGCGCAGCUUCAACUCGCUCGCGCACCUCGCUUACGGAGCUACGGUGCCGACGCUUGCGAUGGUCAACUUCCCGCAGGCCAUCUUGCUCGGUCUCCUGAGCGUGGUCGCGCUCGCGCCCGUAUCGCGCUUUAUCAAGAUCGCUCUCGUGCCCGUUGCCAUUGGAGCGCUUGCCGGUCUCAAGGCGGCGGGCAUCGACCUCCGCGCCGAGUGGGAGUUGUUUGGUAACCUCGCGUGGCCAGCGCUCUUCGCGGUCAUUAUCCCCCUCAUUGCUGUCAGCGUCAUGAUCUAG